CUUCUGCCCCGCCGUCUCGUCUCCCAACGAAAUAUUCCCACCUCGUCGCUCGCUUCCUCCUUCUCCCUCCGUCUGGCAGGCAUGGCCCACCUACAGCUCUCGGCGGUCGCCGGCGGCGGCCGGGCGGGCAGGCGCGGCGACGAGAUGGAGGACGUGGCGCUGCUUGACUCGUACGACGAGGAGAUGGGGGCGCCGCCGGGAGGAGCGGAGGGCGGGGAGGCCGAGGCGCACGUGCGGGUCACGGGCAUGACGUGCUCCGCGUGCACCAGCGCCGUCGAGGCCGCCGUCUCCGCGCGCCGCGGCGUGCGGCGCGUCGCCGUGUCGCUGCUCCAGAACCGCGCCCGCGUCGUGUUCGACCCCGCGCUCGCCAAGGUAGAAGAUAUAAUUGUAGCUAUAGAAGAUGCCGGAUUCGAAGCUGAAAUUAUUCCAGAUUCUGCUGUCUCUCAGCCUAAAUCACAGAAGACUUUAUCAGCUCAAUUUAGGAUAGGAGGAAUGACAUGCGCUAAUUGUGUGAACUCGGUUGAGGGUAUCUUAAAAAAGCUACCUGGUGUAAAAGGAGCAGUUGUUGCUUUGGCAACCUCAUUAGGGGAAGUUGAGUAUGUUCCUUCUGCCAUUAGCAAGGAUGAAAUUGUUCAGGCCAUCGAGGAUGCCGGUUUUGAAGCUGCAUUCUUGCAGAGUAGCGAGCAAGAUAAGAUUUUUCUGGGACUGAUUGGCUUGCAUGCAGAGAGGGAUGUAGAACUAUUACAUGAUAUUCUUAAGAAAAUGGAUGGUUUGCGACAGUUUAAUGUAAAUACUGUCCUCUCAGAAGUUGAGAUUAUAUUUGAUCCAGAAGCUGUUGGUCUGAGAUCAAUUGUGGAUACAAUUGAGACAGGAAGCAACAGGAGGUUGAAAGCGCAUGUUCAGAAUCCAUACACUCAAGGGGCUUCAAACGAUGCACAGGAGGCCUCUAAAAUGCUUAAUCUUCUCCGCUCCAGCUUGUUCCUUAGUAUUCCUGUAUUUUUUAUACGAAUGAUCUGCCCCAGUAUACCUUUCAUUAGUACAUUACUAAUGAUGCACUGUGGACCAUUUCUUAUGGGGGAUUUGCUGAAGUGGAUAUUGGUAAGCAUUGUACAGUUUGUUGUUGGCAAACGGUUCUAUGCUGCGGCUUAUAGGGCCCUGAGACAUGGCUCUACAAACAUGGAUGUGCUGGUGGUUCUUGGUACCACUGCAUCAUAUGUAUACUCUGUUUGUGCACUCCUAUACGGAGCAUUAACUGGAUAUCGACCUCCCAUAUAUUUUGAGACAAGUGCAAUGAUAAUUACAUUUGUGCUGUUCGGGAAGUAUCUUGAGGUGCUUGCAAAAGGGAAGACAUCAGAUGCUAUUAAGAAGCUUGUAGAUCUGGUCCCUGCUACUGCUCUUUUGCUUCUGAAAGACAAAGAAGGAAAAUAUGUCGGGGAGAGGGAGAUUGAUGCACUGUUACUCCAACCUGGUGAUGUCUUGAAAGUGCUUCCUGGUUCAAAGGUUCCAUCUGAUGGUGUUGUUGUUUGGGGAACAAGUCAUGUCAAUGAAAGUAUGAUAACUGGUGAAUCUGCACCCAUCCCCAAAGAAGUAUCCAGUGUGGUAAUUGGGGGGACAAUGAACUUACACGGCAUCCUUCAUAUACAAACAACGAAAGUAGGAUCAGGGACAGUUUUGAGUCAGAUAAUCUCUCUGGUUGAAACGGCCCAGAUGUCCAAAGCCCCUAUUCAGAAAUUUGCCGAUUAUGUGGCUAGCAUUUUUGUUCCAAUUGUCAUCACAUUGUCUGUAGUAACGUUCUCUGUGUGGUUCUUCUGUGGAUGGUUUGGAGCGUAUCCAAAUUCAUGGGUUGCUGAAAGUAGCAACUGCUUUGUUUUCUCUCUCAUGUUUGCCAUAUCUGUUGUGGUGAUUGCUUGUCCUUGCGCCCUUGGUCUGGCAACACCAACUGCUGUGAUGGUGGCAACUGGAGUUGGGGCUAAUCAUGGAGUACUUGUAAAAGGUGGAGAUGCAUUAGAGAGAGCUCAAAAUGUAAAUUACGUGGUUUUCGAUAAAACAGGGACACUAACUCAAGGAAAGGCUGUUGUCACUACUACGAAGGUUUUCUCAGGAAUGGACGUUGGAGAUUUCCUCACGCUAGUAGCAUCUGCAGAGGCAAGCAGUGAGCAUCCUCUUGCCAAAGCUGUUUUGGACUAUGCAUUUCAUUUCCAUUUCUUUGGCAAGCUUCCUUCAUCAAAAGAUGGCAUUGAGCAAAGAAAAGAAGAGGCAUUGUCUCAGUGGCUGCUAGAAGCUGAAAACUUCUCUGCAAUCCCUGGCAAAGGAGUUCAGUGCUCCAUCAAUGGGAAGAAUAUGUUGAUCGGAAAUCGUACAUUGAUUACUGAAAACGGUGUAAUCAUUCCCCCAGAAGCUGAAAGUUUUUUGGUAGACCUGGAAUUGAAUGCAAAAACAGGCAUUCUUGUGGCAUAUGAUGGUAAUUUUGUCGGGUUGAUGGGCAUUACCGAUCCCCUGAAAAGGGAGGCUGCUGUUGUAGUGGAUGGACUAAAAAAGUUGGGUGUUCAUCCAGUGAUGCUCACAGGGGAUAAUUGGAGAACCGCUCAAGCUGUUGCAAAAGAGGUAGGCAUUGAGGACGUGAGAGCUGAGGUCAUGCCAGCCGGAAAAGCCGAUGUUAUUCGGUCUCUCCAGAAGGACGGGAGCAUCGUUGCCAUGGUUGGGGACGGCAUCAACGACUCCCCAGCCCUGGCAGCAGCUGAUGUCGGGAUGGCCAUCGGAGGGGGCACAGACAUUGCCAUCGAGGCGGCGGACUACGUGCUGGUGCGGAACAACCUGGAAGACGUCAUCACAGCGAUUGACCUCUCCAGGAAGACGUUCAGCCGAAUCCGCUGGAACUACUUCUUCGCGAUGGCAUACAAUGUUGUCGCCAUUCCCGUCGCCGCGGGCGCGCUGUUCCCGUUCACCGGGCUCCAGAUGCCGCCGUGGCUGGCCGGCGCCUGCAUGGCCUUCUCGUCUGUAAGUGUAGUGUGUUCCUCGUUGUUGUUGAGGAGGUACAGAAAACCAAGGCUGACGACUGUAUUACAGAUAACUGUAGAGUAAUUGUGAAUACUAUAGCUCCCAAGAAAUGAAAUGAAAAUGGCCUUUUUUUGUAA